AUGCCUUCCACCUACAACAAAGAAAAGGCAUGGGACACGGAGGAUAUUGACAAGUGGAAGAUCGAAGAAUUCAAACCCGAACACAAUGUCGCCGGAAAUUUCGCUGAGGAGUCCUCCUUCAUGACCCUCUUCCCCAAAUACCGCGAGGCCUAUCUGAAGGAAGCAUGGCCAACAAUCACCAGAGCACUCGAGAAGCAGGGCGUCGCCUGCACCCUGGAUUUGGUAGAGGGCAGCAUGACCGUGAAAACAACCCGCAAAACCUACGACCCAGCAGCGAUCCUUAAGGCCCGCGAUCUGAUCAAACUCCUCGCCCGUAGCGUCCCGGUCACCCAGGCGAUGAAGAUCCUCGAAGACGACGUGGCAUGCGACAUCAUCAAGAUCCGCAAUCAAGUGCGCAACAAGGAGCGAUUCGUGAAGCGCAGACAACGUAUUCUCGGUCCUAACGGUUCCACCAUCAAAGCCCUGGAACUGCUCACAAGCACCUACAUCCUCGUGCAGGGUAACACAGUAGCCUGCAUGGGCCCAUACAAGGGCCUGAAGGAGGUGCGAAGAAUUAUUGACGACUGCAUGGCGAAUAUUCACCCUAUCUACCACAUCAAGGAGCUGAUGAUCAAGCGCGAGCUUGCUAAGGACCCUACGCUGGCGAAUGAGUCAUGGGAUAGAUUCUUGCCGAACUUUAAGAAGCGCACGCUUUCCAAGCGUCGUGUUCCUCACAAUGUUACCGACAAGAGCAAGAAGGUUUACACGCCUUUCCCGCCUGCACCCGAGAAGAGCAAGGUCGAUUUGCAGAUCGAGUCUGGAGAGUACUUCCUUUCGAAGGAGGCGAAGGAUCGUGCGCAGAAGGAGGAGGUCGUCGAGCGACAGCGUUUGAAGCGCGAGGAGAAGAUGCGCGAGCGGGAGAAGGAUUUCAUUGCACCCGAAGAGUCUGCGCCGGCCGAUGUCGAUGCGGAGAAGCAGAGGAAGAAGGAAAAGAAGGAGAAGAAGGAGAAGCGCAAGCGCGAGGCAGAGGCCGAGGCCGAUGGGGACGAUGCCGAUCGCAAGGAGAAGAAGAAAAAGAAGAAGAGCAAGUCCAAGGAUGCUACCUCCGACGAGGAGUAA